CCAUAUAACUAUCAAGUCCAGGACAGCAAGUGGCAAAGAGCAACACCAUUAAAGAGAAGAUGUAUUAACUAGCAGAGAAAAGAGGAACAGAUUUUGAAGAAGCCCUUUUUGUUUCCAGGGGUGAAUGGAACUACACUUUUAAGAUGACCAGUGGCACAAACCCUUCCACAUCUUACCUAAAUUCUAGAAUAAGAAAUUCUAGAAAGCAGAACAAUUACCUAAAAGAAUUAAAUGAGGACCUGAAAAUAAGAAAACGAGAGUUGGUGGAGAUGCUAAAACCCCUGGAAGAGAAGAAUGGCACUUUACUCCAGAACUUAAUGACUAAUUUAGAGGAAAAACAAAAAAGUCUACAGAUCAUGAGGCAGAUCAUGACAGGGAAGGGGGGUGAUUCUGAUGAUACCAUAGUCCUGGAGAUGAUCAAGGAAGCAGAAGAGCUAAAACAGAACCUGGAAAAAAAAAACAAGUUACUCCAAAGAGAAAUGGAGUUGCUGUCGAACAAGCAAGCAAUCGAAGAUGAGUAUCGUAUGCGACAGAAAGCAAUGCUGCUCAAAGGCAAGGCAGAAAUGCAAGCGUUAAAGGAAAGGCUUCAGAGGGACAAGGAACAGGUCAUUUUUCAAGUUGAAACCGAUGAUGUUCAGGAACUUCAUAGUAAAGUGAUUGAGGAGAAGAUUGAAGCUCUGACGAAACCCCAAAAGGCAAAUGACCUGCAAUUGUUACACUAUUUAAGGCAGAAUUUGGAGAUACCUCAAGUUAGAUCCAAACUUCUUAUCCCCCCAAGAUGUUCCAGGCUCUCCUGCAUUGGGCAGAGGUCCACUUGUGAGUGUGUACAAGGGAAGUGCCAGGGUAUUGGACGUGAUCACAGCAACAUUUUCAUGUGUCGCAGGGCUUGUAAGGAGCAGACUCGAAUGGAAAAUUCAAGUACUAAGGGAAGUCUGGAUAAUGGUGUAGCAGGAAUGUCAGGAGUGCUAAAGGAGGGAAAUGACGCUAAAUCACGAAGCUGCUGGGAUGCCCAGGAAUCACCGCAAAGUGCAUCGCUGAAGAAACCAGGUUGUCUAAGAGAUACCUUCUUCUCCCAGGCGUCUCCGUGCCGCCAGUAUUCGACGUCCUCAUCCCACCCACGCAACCUUCAAAGCUUCUUCCAGGCUCCCCACAGGGCUCUCCCCCGCCUCCCGGGGUGUGGGCGACAGCUCCCCAAGGGCAGUGCGUGCAACCCACAGGAAACCUACGCCUCGAUUACCCUACAUGCAAGAGGUCCUUCGUGUUCUCGAAACACCCUCCAGGAUCUCCAAGGCAGAGACUGCACCGCCCCCAACCCCUCUGGCAAAAGGAACAGGAUGGGGACUAGGGAGAGAGUUCCGUGGCAUCUUCCAAAAAAAAAAAAUCUCUGCUCGGCGGAGGAUUGCUUUUGUCUGGGACUCCUUUUAGGAUGA